CUAGGUUUCAAUUCGACACAAAAAUAUAAGAAGUCAGUGCAUAUGUGAGACUCGAUGAUCAACUCGCUGCUCGUCUAUUCUUUGAUACCAUUUUCUUUUUUAUUGGCAGCGGACAACACAGAAAAUGCAACUACUAGUGCAGAAUUCCUACUACCGACGAGACGAACGCCACCAGCAAAACCACAGCAUGGAGUCGACUUUCUAGGACCUCUUUGGUUAUCGAGAACUUACAAGAUCACAUGUUGUCGGAGAGGAUCCCCAGUUGCCGAGAAUCCACAAUUAGUGAGCAAUUGGACAGAAACCGCAUCUGAUUAUGCGGUCGAUGAGAAGCUUGUUGGUACAGAACAAGAUGAUCAUUGCCGUGUUUUCCAGGGCACUUUCCUGCUCUCUGCAGCUGCUCUCUACAAUUCUACUUUUGUCAGUUACGGGGUCCAGUGCAAAUGCCCAGACGCUGAACAACAGCAACUCGACCAACACUGUCGACAACUCCCUGCUUGCCAAAACGGUGGAUACCGUAGUCAAUCGAUUGGAAGACGAUGCUCAUGUCCACAACCAUACUUCGGAGAAUAUUGUGAGAAACUUUGCGAUCAGGGACAAGUUUUAGCUGGAAUCGAUGGAAACAACUACUGUAGUUGUCUUCCAUUUUAUCAAGGCGAAACGUGCUCCGAUUUGGUUUGUCUCAAUGGAGGCCACGAGUUCAGAGGUCGAUGCAGUUGCCCCCAUAACUUUGUUGGAUAUCAUUGUGAAAUUGACACGAACAAGACAAAAUCGAACUCGAGAUAUACAAAGUAUGGACCACAGACUAAUGCUGAAAAUGGUGAACUGUUCAGCAGAGACAUUUCUGGUACAGUGUUCAGCCUUGUGAUGAUAGUCGUCCUCGUCGUUUCAAUGUAUUUACUGAUGAAACAUAGAAUGCAGGUGCAAUCACAGUAUACCUCGUCACGGAGAGAAGAAAUGAACCGGGCUGCUCAGAUUUAUGGAAUCGAACGCGGAGGUGCUGGAACAACAACGAUAAGUCGAGAUGACAUUCGAAUAUUACCAUUUGUGGCUGCAGGAAUUCAACCUCCACCGCCUUACGCAGUGUCAAGAACUGCACGACGAGAAGCACUUCCACCAUUACCAUCAUAUGAAGAUGCUACGAAGGAUACAGUGAUAGGAGCAGCUGCCACAGUAAUUGAAAUGCAAGCAACAACGCCUACUGAUGCUUCUCUACAGUCUCCUCCAGCUGCUCAUCCAGAUCAUUCUGAUGUUCCGGACAUUCCAUCGAGUUCAUCUCCACCUCCUCCCUUUGAUUCGGAACCCCCGACAAUUCAACGAAACGUGUCAACCAGACGAAGUCUUUAGUUCUCUAACUUUUGUAUAUAUUUUAGGUCAUAUUGUAAGUUGUUCUUUCUUCUCCUCUCCCGGCAGUCUAUCUGUCCUCAGGACCUGUACCUCAAGCGGUACAACAUCAAAAAUUUGCUCAGUAUUUCUUUUAAUAAUACCACUGCUCUCACAGUCAUCUCGGUUACUUUCAAGUGUCCCAAGACUCUUUUCUCAAAUGUUUCCAUUCUUGGCUCAUCAUUUCAAUUUCGGGUAAUUCAUAUUCUUUCUGUCACUUUUUCCCGUAGUGCUUCUCGGUCGUCUAGCUUUUUAUGUGUGUUUGUCUGUAUUUAAUUGUAGUUGAAAUGUGUUUGAUUUAAACGAAUAAAACUGUAAAAUCAAUAAAGAAGAGUCAU